AUGAUGGAGCAGCACAAAAGAUUGGUGGCAAGUGAAAGAAACAUAAACGAAGUGGAGGAUAUAAAGGAGAUUGCCCGAAUCGCGAUGAAGAAUGUUCCUUACCGCGCCAAACACUCUUUCAAAAGCAAGAAAAUUCUUCCUAGGGGUCCGAAUAACAAAUUUUCCAAGUUCACAAGUCUGCCGCCUGAACUUCGUCAAACGAUAUGGAAAGCUGCCCUUCUGGAAGGUCGCCAUGUCCUUGAAGACGAUUGGAAAGAUGGACGAUGUCACCUUCUACCAUCACCUGAAGUGUCUAAUUCUAAGAAUCCCCUUCAAUUGGCUUGCAGAGAAUCUCAUGAAGUUGUACAAGAACGUUAUACUUUUGUAUUCCAACCAAUGAGUGAUGAGAUGACGGCACAAGACCCUGAAAACAUUACCGCACUUAACCUUCUACCUCUGAACCCGGACAAAGAUAUCGUACAUAGAUACUUAUUGUUAAAGGCGAAAGACAUUUGGGCACAUGAAUUCUGGGGACUUACUCCAGUCAAACAUCUGUCGCUGGAUGGCGAUUAUUUCUAUGAUAGCGAAAACGAUCAUGACACCCUGACGUAUCACGAUGAAAUGGACGCAAUCGAAUGCAUAGAAGCUGCGUGUCCCAAUCUUGAAAUUCUGACAAUCAGAGUCGAGGGACAUGGUUUUAUUCGGAACCUCUUAGGAUACGAUACCCGUGUCGACUCUGACUUCAUAGAGUUGAAUUCUAGUUUCUUUGACCAUGUGGCAGCCACAAUAUCCAAUGGAAAGAAUUGCCCCUUGUGGAAGAUACGGCGCAAUGAAGAUUUGAGAGACAUAUACACAAAACUCGCAAAGCUUCUCGAUCGUACCAGGGGAAGAAACUCUGAGUAUUGGAAGCGAGUGAAUAUGAGGGUCGUUUUGUUACAGAAGCCGGUCUACGACUGGGCAUACCGAUCAAUGUGUAAGGAGUUAUCAUCUUUGCUUGGAUAUGUUCAUGGAACAUAG